CAAAGAUGAUCUCCCACUUAAAAUGGCAUCUUUUUGAUUUUGAAUAAUUCCGAAUCAUCAAAAUUCAAGUCACGAAUCUAUUUUGGGAAUGACAUUUCCUGAGUAUUUUGACAUUUCACAUAAACAAAGCCGACAUUUGAUUCUAACUAAAAUUUUGUGAUGUUUCGUCAUUUCCUGCGAGCAAAGUCAAGUUUCCACAGAAAAUAAAGUUUCUGAAUCAAAUUUUGCCUCAAAAAUAUUCACUGAACUUCGAAUCAUCCCUGAAUUUUCAUUUUCUUUAACAAAAAACUCCCCACAAUGUCCUACCUCACAAAUUUCACACCGGAAACUGCACGGAAUAUUCUCAUUGAAAUCAUCAAAACUGUGAACCAACCGGAAAAUUCAAAGCGUCUCUCGGAAGCAAAGGCAUCCGCUGGAAAGGAGAUGAUCCUGAUGCUCCAAUACGUAUUCCCGCUGGUCAUGCAACUGCAAAUGGAAGUGAUCAAAGGAUUUGGCUUUCCCGGGACUCGAGAGGGUCUCGUCCAGUUUGCUCAGCUUGUCCGGGAACUGGAGCGAGAAGAUGUGGAAAUAGCAAGACUGCGGUCACAAAUUCGUGCCAUUUACUUGCCACCGAUUGUUAUUAAUACGAAUAAUGAUGUUUUGAUUUAAGAUUCAAGUUUAGGGAGGAGGUGAUACCAAAGAAAGACAUUUAUAAGUUUUGAAUUUUGUCUGAUUUAACAUAAAUUAUAAUAAAUAUUUUCAUA